AUGGCCGUGGAUAAAGGCCGACGGCCAGUGCCGCCGGAACGACGUGCUCAAGGACGCAAGCGUGCGGAGCCGGGUGAUGUGACAAUACGUGAAACUCGCACGCGACCGGUGCAUACGCCGGAGCCAGAGCCAGAGCUGCUGGCGAAGGAUGGCAUAUUGGAGUUGGAAGACGACGAUGACAAUGACGAUGAUGAUGAUGACGACGACGAUGACAAGAGCAACCAUCACGAUGGUGCGCCUAAGAACGAAGACGACAUGGAGGCAUUUCCUGAGUUGGUGUCGGGGAAGGACAAAGAUGACGAUGGUGAUGAAGACGAGGAGGAGGACGAUGAGGACGAAGACGAAGACGCAUCGGACGACGAGGCCUUUGAUUCGGACGACCUAGAGAACUGGGACGAAGAGGCCGAUGCCAAGUACGGAGACGCAGAUCUAUCCGAUGACGACGACGUAAAAGAGGGCGACGCGGCCCUGGAACGCAUGAUCGCAAGAGCACGAGUCAAGCCAGACGAAAGCGAACGAACGACGAACAAGUUAGGCAUCGAUACGGGCGUGGCAGCGCGAUUCUAUGAUGAGAGUCGGAACGACGACGGCUCGAAACGUGGGCGUGUUGUGCAAUCGCACGUCACGGGCAUGCCGAAAGUCGAGUACCCGCCGAUUGAGCCUGAAUACGAUAGCGAUUCCAGCACGGAGGAUGUGCCGAAUCGGAUUGGCCAAGUGCCGCUGUCCUGGUACGACGACCUCCCGCACAUUGGCUACGACAUCAAUGGACGACGUGUGCUGCGCCCUGCCCAGGGCGACGAACUUGACAAGUUCCUCGACAGUGUGGAAGGAGAAGGCGACGGAUGGUUCUCGGCGCACGACAAGACCAGUGGGCAAGACGUGAAGCUGACAGACGAGGAACUCGAUAUCAUCCAACGGCUGGAGCGUGCGCAGAUUCCUGUUGAGGCAUAUGAUCCAUACGAGCCAGCGACAGACUGGUUCACGCAGCAUCAGCAGACGACGCCGCUCACGGCGCGUCCAGAGCCGAAGCGGCGCUUCGUCCCAAGCAAGUGGGAACACAAGAAGAUCAUGAAGAUUGUGCGUGCCAUUCGACAGGGGCGGAUUGUCGCCCAUGCGCCAGGGCGUGAGCGCCCCGCCUUUUACAAUCUAUGGAGCGAUGCAGACGAGGCACGCGCAGAUCAUCCGAUGCAUAUGCCGGCGCCGAAGCUGCCGUUGCCAUCGCACGUUGAGUCGUACAAUCCCCCUGCAGAGUACCUAUUUGGCGACGAUGAAAAGGCUGAGUGGGAAGCGGCCGAGCCCGAGGAUCGCAAGCUGCCGUUCCUACCGGCGAAGUAUGCGGCCUUGCGUCUUGUGCCUGGCUACGAUCAGGCCUUGCACGAGCGAUUCCAGCGCUGCUUGGACUUGUACAUGGCACCACGCAUGCGGCGGAAGCGCCUGGACAUUGAUGAUCCGGACCAGCUGCUACCGAAGCUCCCUGCUCCUCGCGACCUGCGGCCGUUCCCGACGCACACCGACGUCGUGUACGCACAUGCACCAUGGCGGAUUCGAACGGUCUCCAUCGAUCCAUCGGUGAGCCCCGAGGCAGCAGGCGAGGCCGUGUUGAUCCAUCAAGUCAGCAAGCACCGAUCGCAAGCGCCGUUCCGGCGUACACGACGUGCAGGCAACUCGGCCAUGGCUGUCCAGUGUGUGUGCUUCCACCCCUCUCGGCCCUGGCUGUUCGUGGCGACACAGCGCUACGUGCGUGUGUACGACCUUGUCCAACAGAGUCUCGUCAAGACCCUGCAGCCCGGCGUGCGCUGGAUCAGCUCGCUGGACGUGCAUCCGAGUGGGGAUCACGUGAUUAUUGGCUCGUACGACCGGCGCGUGCUGUGGUUCGACCUGGAUCUGUCGGAGCGGCCGUACAAGGCGUUGCGGUACCACUCGCGGGCUGUGCGUGCAGUGGCGUACCACCCGCGCUUCCCGCUCUUUGCAAGUGCGGCGGACGAUGGCACCGUGCAUGUAUACCACGGCACCGUGUACUCGGACCUGCUGCAAAACGCCUUGUUGGUGCCACUAAAGAUCCUGCGUGGACAUGCGGUGCAGGAUGCGCUGGGCGUGCUGAGUAUCGCAUGGCACCCGACGCUGCCGUGGCUCGUGAGUGCAGGGGCGGAUGGCGAUGCGCGUCUGUGGACGCCCUAA